UUUCACAUUUUCUAAAUGCUGUUAAAGGUUCGCAGAUCUUUCUAAAAUGCUACAACUUUUCUUCCUGGACACUGCGGACAAUUUAUCUAACGAGAUGCUUGAAAAGAAGGAAUUUCGUCGUGACAUAAUGUCGCUUCUUAUAGAUGCUCUUUCUAUUAAUUCAUAUGCAGUGUUCUUCAAGCGGUUGAGUACUUGGGAAAACCUCUCAGAUGCCUAUAUAGUUCUCAGAUCUGACUCCGUUUUAGACCAGAGGACGUACAAUCUUCCUACGGUUGAUCAAGUUGCUGCUGUUUGGAAGGACGGCGACAGGAGCGGUACAGGGUUGGAACGUGAUAUACGUGUAUUUACCAAAUCUGGUGCGAGUCGUAUAAUAAGCUACUAUUAUGGUUGCUACGAUACGUUGCAAUACCCUCUUCUGUUUACUCGCGGGGAGCCCGGUUGGCAUGCAGGAAUUGGGAAACUGGUGCUAUCGCAUAGAUUGAGACAGAAAGGGAGUGUUGGUUCUUGUAGCGGCCAAGACAUAGUUGAUGCAUCUGUUGUACAAUCUGCAGAGCAGUUGUUGCGGAUUGAAAAUGAUGUGCUUCAACAGAAUAGGCGAAAUCGCUCGAAUGUUUCAUGUCGACAAUAUUAUUGUUACAAGGCGCAAAUGAGGGAUGGUGAUUGGUCGUAUUUGUUGCACGCAGGUCGACUGACUCAACAAUAUAUAAUUGAUAUGUACAUUAAAGUUGAGACACAGAGGUUGGAUUACUAUAGAUCAGAGCAAGUGCAAAGAGAAACACGAACUGAAUCAUUUCAGGGUAUUAUUGAUAGUCUUCACAUUGAUGGUGAAAUUGCCGCAUCAGGUGUAGGACAGAAAAUUCUGCUCCCGUCUUCUUUUAUUGGUGGUCCAAGAGAUAUGCGGAGGCGAUACGUUAAUGCCAUGGCUCUUGUUCAAAAAUUUGGCAAACCUGAUCUGUUCAUAACUAUGACAUGCAACCCGGCGUGGAAAGAAAUAACUUCUAUGUUGUUGCCUGGACAAAAACCAGCUGACAGACCAGAUCUUGUUGCUCGUGUUUUCCAGUCAAAGCUCCAGGAACUAAAGCAUGAUAUUAUUAAAAACAAAAUUUUCGGUGAAGUUGCAGCAUACGUAUAUGCAGUUGAGUCUCAGAAACGAGGGCUUCCCCACUGUCACUGGGUUAUUAUUUUGGCAGAUCAUCAUAAAAUAAAGUCUCCGGCGGUCUAUGACCACCUCAUUUCGGCUGAGAUCCCUAGUGGUUCAAAUCUUUUUUUGCGUGAAUGUGUGAUUAAACAUAUGAUGCAUGGACCUUGUGGUGAUGCAAAUCCUAAGAAUGUGUGCAUGCGCGAUGGUCACUGCAAAAAUCAUUUCCCUAAAGAAUUUUCGGACCACACAACGGCUGGUAAGAAUGGCUAUGCUGCGUACAGAAGAAGGGAUGAUGGACAGAGAGUUCUUGUCAGAAAUGUGCUUCUUGAUAAUAGAUUCGUCGUGCCCUACUGUCCCUUUCUACUAUCGAAAUUUGAUUGUCAUAUUAAUGUUGAGAUAUGCGCUGAUGCAAAAUUGGUGAAGUACUUGUAUAAAUAUAUUCACAAGGGGCAUGAUAAAAUUGCAUACAAUGUUGUUCCAAAUGCAUCGGUGAAUAUUUGUGAUGAAAUACAGGACUAUCAAGAUGGACGUUGGAUAUGCGCUCCUGAGGCAUGCUGGAGAAUAUAUGGUUUCUUGAUGAGCGAGAUGUCGCCCCAGUCAUAGUAAUGCCUGUACAUUUACCAAAUCACCAGCCAUUACGUUUUGGUGUACAAUAGUCGUUGGUGCAUGUUCUUGAUGAUCCCUUAUCGAGUAGGACGAUGCUGAUAGAAUUCUUUGUUUCCAAUAGUGGUGAUGAGUCGGCAAUACGUCUUAAGCUUUUGUAUAAAGAAUUUCCGGAGUACUUUGUGUGGGAGCCAACCAAGAAAAAAUGGAAAGUUCGACAGAAACAAGCUGUGGUUGGUCGUCUAUGCACAGUUAAUCCAUUUGAAGGUGAGCGUUAUUUUGAGCGUCUGUUGUUAAUGAAUGUCCGCUGCCCUACUUCUUUUAAGGACUUGCUUACUGUGAAUGGCCACACAUUUGCGACCUUUCGUGAGGCAGCUGUUUCAAGAGGGCUUCUACAAUCUGAUGAGUUGCUUGGCAGAGGCGGCUCUCUUUCAGGCCCCUUCGUGUCUGCGUGUGUUGUUUGCAUUGCUCCUCGUUUACGGCAUAACUACAGACUUGCAAGUGUUGUGGGAUAAAUAUUAUUGUCCGUUGUCUGAAGACUUUGCUACCAAUGGAAUAUUAACGGGCGACCAGGUGCUUGAAAAAACUGUUGCUGCAAUUGAUGUUGUACUUAACUCUAUGGAUAAAUCUUUGGCUGACUUUCCAAUCCGUUUUAGUUGUAAGUAUGCAUGUGCUGAUGACUACUCAAGCAAUGAAUACAAAUAUGAACGCUCCAUCAUUGUCUCGGUGGAGGAUAUGGCCUCUAUAGGUUGUCUAAAUACUGAACAACAGUUUGUUUUUGAUAAAGUAGUGCUUCAGCUUGAUUCCAGGGGUCACGGUGUGUUUUUCGUCGAUGGUCCAGGAGGCACUGGCAAAACAUUUUUGUAUAGGGCGUUGCUUGCUUAUGUUCGCCGCAAGGGUGAGAUUGCAUUGGUUUGCAAGUUCGGGUGUAGCUGCAUCAUUGCUGCCCGGUGGUCGGACAGCCCACUCUAGAUUUAAAUUGCCUUUGGAUGUUGACGAUGUGGGCAUAGGCAAGGUUAGUAAACAGAGUAGCUUAGCUAGAAUGAUAUGCGAGGCCAGCCUUAUUGUAUGGGAUGAGGCCUCUAUGGCUAAUCGACAUUCUAUUGAAGCAUUUGAGGCCUUGUUGGCUGAUAUAUGCGACAGCCCGUUACCUUUUGGGGGAAAAAUUGUUUUAUUUGGCGGCGAUUUCAGGCAAACAUUGCCAAUUGUGGUUAAUGGUUCUAGAGCUUCAAUGAUAACCGCAAGUUUGGUGAGCUCUGCACUAUGGGGAGGCAUACAUCGUAUGCAACUGUGCCAGAAUAUGCGGGCUAAAGAAGAUCCCAAUUUUAUAGAUUUAUUGCUUAGAAUUGGGAAUGGUGUUGAGACUUUUAUUUUCGACGAUAACAUAAAGAUUCCAUCUCAUAUGUUAGUCCCUUUUGAUGAUGCUGCUACCUCUUUGGAUCGUCUUAUUCGUGAUGUUUACCCCAAUUUAGAUACUUUCAUGCAAAACCCUGAUGCCUUUGUAGGUAGGGCUAUCCUUACCCCGAAAAAUGAUUGUGUAGAUGAGCUUAAUGAUCUCUUAAUGGAACGAUUUCCGGGCAAAAUGAAAGAGUACGUUAGUUUUAACGCAACAACCGAUCCACUACAGCAAGGAGAAUAUGCGGAUUAUUUAAAUACUGUUUCAGCUGGUGGCCUCCCUCCAAACAUUUUAAAGCUGAAAAAAAAUUGUCCAAUUAUGUUGUUGCGCAACUUAAAUCCAAUACAGGGUCUCUGUAAUGGCACACGUCUAAUUUGUCGAGAGUUGAGCGACAACUUUAUUAAGGCUGAAAUUGCUGUUGGGGAUUUUAAGGGUAAUGUGGUGUUUAUUCCUCGUAUACCUUUGGAGGGAUCGGGUAAGUCUAAGUGUCCAAUACCGUUCAAAAGAAUGCAAAUUCCUGUACGCCCCUGUUUUGUUAUGACAAUCAACAAAUCUCAGGGGCAAACUUUAGAUUUUGUAGGGAUAUACCUUAGAGAACCAGUAUUUUCUCACGGCCAACUAUAUGUCGCAUUGUCGCGAGCAAGAUGUGCUGCCGCUGUGAGAGUUUUAAUCCAUCCGGGUUCAAGAUGCAGUCGUGUAGUUGAUUAUACCAAAAACAUUGUUUAUCACGAGAUCUUUAAAUUAGCUGACGGACUCUCUUUCUCGGGGCUGCAUCAUUCACCGCUUGAUAUUUAGCAACUUUCUGGGCUAUGCAUUGUUCUAUAUUUUGAUUGUAUGCUCUACAAAAGGUUGUAAAAUUGACAAUCUUGGCGAGGCUGUAGAUGUUGGAAGUAUCUCGCAAACAUAUAAUAGUAACUCUUCUUGGCUAAAAAGUUGUUGCACAUUACCUUGGUACAAGAUUACAAGAGACUGGUCCUGCAAUUUUUUCUCAUAAAGUAGAUACAAGAAAUGGAAGCAAGAAAUGGAAGAUGGGAAGCUGUUGUUCAUUGGAGGAAUUUAUCGGGAGAUUAUUGACAAAUUCAUGGUGGCGUAUUUCCUAGCAUUAAACGAAUUACUUGACGCCUUGACGGUAAAGGAUAGGAUCAUACCACUGCAUGUGGCCGGGGCUUUGCUUUUUUGUUGUUGCUUGACGAAGCCUUUAUUCUCUAUGUUGUAGUUUUUUUUCCAUUUUGAUUGACUUUAACUGGUGAUUUUAAUAUGUUGUUCUGUACCGUUAGAAUUUUGCCUGAAUCUAUUCAUAGGUGUUGGUGGUAGAUAUUUCGCCGCUUUUCCUUUGAUUUUUAAUAAUUUUCUACGUCUGAACUGUGUAUUAUAUUUGAUGGAUCACAACAAACAUAUACAUUUGAGAACACCACUACACAAAUUUGAAAUAUAAUUUGCUUAUGCCGA